AUGGCUGAUGAUGAGGAGUGGCCCCAGGAGCUGACCUGGGGCGCCAACGACUAUGGGCGCUACCGGUGGUGCCCGUGGCGCGGUCCUGGCUCGGAUGGAGGCGGUGGCAAUUCCAGGUCGAACCGCCAAAAUGCGGCCAGAGAGAGGCGCCGCGCAAACCGCUUGCAAGAGCGAGAAGACGAGGACAAUGAGCAAGACCGCUUUGCUGUUGCGCAAGAGCUCCAGCAAGAACGCUCAGCUCUUGCGCAAGCGAGAGAAGAGCUCCAGCAAGAACGCUCUGCUCUUGCACAAGCGAGACAACAGCUCCAGCAAGAAAGCUCUGGUCUUGCACAAGCGUCACAGGCGCUCCAGCAAGAACGCUCCGCUCGCGCACAAGUGACGCAGGCGUUCCAGGAAGAACGCUCAGCCCGCGCACAAGUGUCACAGCAGCUCCAGCAAGAACGCGCUGCUCGUGCAGAAGUGACACAGGAGCUCCAGCAGGAACACUUUGCUCUUGCGCGAGUGUCACAAGAGCUCCAGCAAGAACGCUCUGCUGGUGCACAGGCCCAGCAGCAGUUGAAGGUGAAGGAGGUCAUAGUGAACAAGUUGCUGGAGCACCAGUCGAAGCUGGUGAGAGAUGGUGAGGCUGGCGAUUUGUUGUCAGUUGGGGCCACGGAGCAGAAGCUCAACCAGACCGAGGAGCAUGCCCGGAAGCUUCAAAGGCAGCUGGACGAGACCAUGAACAAGGUCACCGCCCAUGAGGAGAUGCAGCUGAAGAUGCAGCUGAAGCUUGGCAAGGCUGAGGAACGGGCCCAGAAGCUUCAGAAGAUGCUGGAAGAGAAAAUGGACAAAAAGGUCUCGCCAACCUCCCCAGCUGAUGACAUUGUGCCAGAGGUGACGCCAAAGGAGGUGGCGACGGAGGUGGCGACGCAGGACACCUCUGAGAAAGUCGAGGAGAAGAAGGCGACAAAGAAAGCAAAGAAAGAUGCAAAAGCGAAGAAAGAGAAGAAGGACCAGGACAUGGCGUCCAAAGCGUCAAAAGAGAAGAAGGACAAGCAGGACAUGGCGCCGAAAGAGAAGAAGGACAAGCAGAAGAUGGCGCCAAAAGAGAAGAAGGACAAGUGCCAGGAGAAGAUGGCGCCAAAAGAGAAGAAGGAGAAACGCAAGCAGGAGAUGAUGGCGCCAGACAACGAGAAGAAUGAGGCAGUCAAGAAGAUGACGAAGCAGGACCAGUCUUUGGCAAACCUGGAGUCACGCGAUGCUUGGCUGAGAGGUGCUGAGUAA